CGCCAUCAGCGGAGAGAAGCCGCCCGGCUCCCGCCUCCGCCGCGACAUGGAGGCCGUGAAAGCCUUUAACAGCGAGUUGUACUCACUAAAUGAUUAUAAGCCACCCAUUUCUAAAGCUAAAAUGACACAGAUCACCAAGGCAGCAAUCAAGGCUAUAAAGUUCUACAAGCACGUUGUACAGAGUGUUGAGAAAUUCAUUCAAAAGUGCAAACCAGAAUACAAAGUACCUGGUCUGUAUGUCAUUGACUCCAUUGUAAGACAGUCCCGGCAUCAGUUUGGGCAAGAAAAGGAUGUAUUUGCUCCAAGAUUCAGCAAUAACAUCAUCAGCACUUUCCAGAACUUGUACCGUUGUCCUGGGGAUGACAAGAGUAAAAUUGUUAGAGUGCUAAAUUUAUGGCAGAAGAAUAAUGUGUUCAAGAGUGAAAUUAUUCAGCCUCUCUUGGAUAUGGCAGCAGGAAUUCCUCCUCCAGUUGUGACCCCUGUCUUGCCCAGCACUACAGCUGCUAUGAGCAACAAUACACCAGGAACACCUGUGACUCCAGUUACUCCAGCCAACGUGGUGCAGAGUUUACCUGAUCCUUGGGUAUCUCAGAUUGCUAAUACAGAUACGCUUGCUGCUGUUGCACAGAUUUUACAGAGUCCUCAAGGCCAACAGCUUCAGCAGUUGAUACAGACACUGCAGAUACAGCAGCAGAAACCUCAGCCUUCACUACUUCAAGCCCUGGAUGCUGGUCUUGUUGUUCAGUUACAGGCCCUCACAGCACAACUUACAGCUGCAGCUGCUGCUGCUAACACACUUAAUCCACUGGAACAGAGUGUCUCUUUUAAUAAGAAGCUGAUGGACAGGUUUGACUUUGGGGAAGAAUCUGAACAAAACGAAGAGCCUAAAAAGGAAACUCCCGCUUCCCAACUGCCUUUAGUACCAGAAUCUGUGAACAACUCACUUUUUCACCAACUAGCUGAACAGCUACAGCAACAAAAUUUAGAACAUCUCAGACAACAGCUUCUGGAGCAACAGCAGCCUCAAAAGGCAAGCCCUGAGGAGAAUCAAGAAGGAAAUUUUGGUUCAGAGCACUCUGCCUCACCAUCGCAAGGGAGUAGUCAGCAGCAGUUUUUAGAAGUGGAAACAAAUGUAGAUGAUUCAAUGGAUAUUCAACAACAGGACAUGGAUAUAGAUGAAGGACAGGAUGUUGCUGAAGAAGAGAUUUUUGAACAAGAAGAAAAGAAAUCAGCUGUUCGUUCAAGAUCAAGAACUCGUUCAAGAUCUCGUUCAAGGUCACCAAGAAAACGAAGGUCUAGAUCACGGUCUGGUUCUCGUAAGCGUAAACACAGAAAACGUUCACGCUCAAGAUCAAGAGAAAGGAAGAGAAAGUCGUCUCGGUCAUAUUCCAGCGAAAGAAGGGCCAGGGAAAGGGAAAAAGAACGUCAGAAAAAGGGAUUGCCUCCUAUACGGUCAAAAACACUAAGUGUUUGCAGUACUACUCUUUGGGUAGGUCAAGUAGACAAGAAGGCUACACAGCAAGAUUUAACUAACUUGUUUGAAGAAUUUGGACAAAUAGAGUCAAUUAAUAUGAUUCCCCCAAGAGGUUGUGCCUAUGUCUGUAUGGUUCAUAGACAAGAUGCAUAUCGUGCUCUUCAGAAACUUAGUUCUGGGUCCUAUAAAAUUGGAUCUAAAAUUAUUAAGAUUGCGUGGGCUUUGAAUAAAGGUGUGAAAACAGAAUACAAGCAAUUCUGGGAUGUGGAUCUGGGAGUUUCAUAUAUUCCUUGGGAGAAAGUAAAAUUGGAUGAUUUGGAGGGCUUUGCUGAAGGUGGCAUGAUUGACCAGGAAACAGUAAAUACAGAAUGGGAAACAGCUAGAAGCUCAGAAGCUGCUAAAGAAAAUCCUCAAACUACGCAGAGUGCUGCAGUUGAUAAGAGUACAGUUAUUACAACGCAGACAGAAGCUUACACGCAACCAGUCACUAUGCUGCAGAUUCCAGUAGCUCCAGCUGUGCCAGCUGUUAGCUUGGUUCCACCCGCGUUUCCUGUCACAAUGUCUGUCCCUCCUCCUGGUUAUAGCGCAAUUCCUCCUCCACCCUUCUUGCGAGCAAGCUUCAACCCUUCACAGCCACCUCCAGGUUAUAUGCCUCCUCCAUCCACCUGUGUCCCACCACCUGUUGUCCCACCACCUGUUGUCCCACCAGUAGUUCCAACACCUUUAGUACAGCCUCCAUUACCAAUUGCACAAGAGACGAUGAAGGAUGUUCCUUUUCCUAGCCUUGUUCUACCAGUUGGCACAGUUACUAGCAAUCUAGCUACUCCAACUUUAUCUGCUGGAAGCGUUUUUAAUCCUCUGCCAAUCAACAAACCAGAAUCAGAUGAAAAGGGAUCACAUCUUACAGACCUUCAGAUUUCUUCCAGUGAAAACAAUAGAUCUGUGCAGCUACCUACUGUCUCCAGUAGCUCUUCUCUUGCUGGCGGAGUUCAGCCAACUAGCGUCUCAAGUAGCUCUGGACUUAUGGCUGGAGUGCAACCACCAAAUGUCUCAAGUAGCUCAGGGCUUCUAGCUGGAGUGCAUCCACCCAGUGUCUCAAGCAGCCCUGGCCUUCUGACAGGAAUGCAGCCACCCAAUGUCUCAAGCAGCUCAGGAGUACUGGCAGCAGUACAGCCACCGAGUGUCUCGAGCAACUCUGGGCUUCUCAUAAUGCCACCACCCAAUGUUUCAAGUAGUUCUGGACUUAUGGGAGUGCCACCACCAAAUAUUUCAAGUAGUUCUGGACUUCUGGCAAUGCAGCAUCCACCUGGGGUUCAAAACAUGCCUCACUUAAAUAUUAGUAGUCAAAGGAUGCCGGGAAUACCUCUCAUAGAUAUCCGUCCAGGCCUAAUGCCCCAUUCACCUGGACCAAGGUUUCCAUUAAUGCAGCCAGGAAUGCCACCGCAGCGUAGUAUUCCUCCUCCAGCAAUCCUUGAUCCAUCUCUUCACCCACCACCUCGAGGUCCUUUUCCUCCAGGAGAUAUUUUUAAUCAAACAGAAAGACCUUUUGGAACACCAGGAAGACAAAAUAUCGAUAGCAUUUCUAAUCCAGAGAAAAGACUACCACUUGGAGGUGAUAACAUUCAGCAGGAAGGAGACAGAGAUUAUCGCUUUCCUCCAGUGGAAAACCGAGAUAAUCUUAACCGACCAUCUCCAGUGGAUGUCAGAGAUUCUGUUGGACGACCACCAGUUGACCCAAGAGAGGGUAUAGGAAGGCCUCCAGUAGAUGGAAGAGAACACUUUGCGAGACCACAUGUAGACAUGAGAGAAAAUUUUGGAAGACCAGGUCUAGAUAAUCUUGGUCGAAGAGAGCAUUUUGGUUUCAAUUCAGACAAGCACUGGGGACAGAGAGGAGAUUAUGAUGAAAGAGAGCACCAUGCUUUCCCUAUUUAUGGUGGCCCUAAAGGCUUCCAUGAAGACAGAGAGAGGUUUCGGCAUGUAAACUAUAGGUUUGAUAGUAGAAGUGGUCCCAGUUGGAAUAGAGGAUUUGAACAAGAUGCUCACAGAGAUUUUGAUGACCGCAGAAGACCCUGGGAAAGACAGAGGGAUAGGGAUGACAGAGAUUUUAAUUUUUGCAGAGAAAUUAAUGGGAACAGGUUUGGAAGAGACAGAAUGUCAAACAACUGGAUCCCCCCUCCACAUCCACGGGUUUUUGAAUAUUUUGAUGGGGCCACUUCGCAACGCAAAGCCGAUAAUAUGCCCCAGGUAAAUGGUGAAAAUACAGAGACAGAAAGUCAGCCACCAACUGCACAGGUGCAGGACGAUCCAGAACUUUAUGAAAAACUGACAUCUUCCGUCGAGAUAAACAAAGAGAAGAGUGACACAGAAGCUGAUAUAGAAAGUGAACCAGUGGUAGAAAGCACAGAAACUGAGGGGACAUAAUCAUCACUCAGUAGGUAAAAGAUACCUUUUGUAAAGUUGUCAUCUCUCUGUAAUAGAUAAAUGGCUGACUGGACCGUAGCAGUUCACUUUUGUCUGCCAGAAUUAAGUUAAUCUGAUGUUCAUGUUCAUCUUUCACUUAAAUAACUGUACAACUGACUUGUAUAGAACACUGUUCUUAAUUUGAACAUGGUAGGUAAACAUUUUUUUUAUUUCUCUGGUAAAGCAUAAACUUUCCCCCACUUGCUUUUAAUUUCACAAAGAUAAAAUAACAGCUUGUCAAACAAAGACUUCCUAUGGAAGAAAAUGGAAUUUUUUAGAUACUACCCUUAGGUUGGCUAUCGAAAUUGUUAUACUUGAAAACAGGUGCUGGUGUAUCUUGUCCGUGUUUUUAGGCUGCUGCAGAAUUUUAAAGUAUAGACAAAGCUGUGAUAUUUUAUGUUCCUACAAUUUGGCAGAAAAAGAAAAGGCCCAUGUUAUUUAAGGAGCAUAACACAGAGAUUAAAAGUGAUUUUGUAAAAUCUACACUAUAGUCUCUGUUUUCUCUAAAGUAAGUGUUUGUGAUUUGUUCCUCGUACUGCAGUGGGUUUAAAAAAAUGAAAAAGUACAUUUUAAUGUUGGGUGCAUUUUGUUUUUAGAUGCCAAUAAAGCAUAUUUGUUUGAUAACAGUGUUCUAGGUAUUGUAUUUUUUUAAAAACCUGCAAGCUCUAAAAACUUGGAAUCAGCUAUGAUAUGUGCUUAGCUAGUUGUUGCAAAAGGUUUAUAUUACUUUUGUAAGACCAAUGCAACAGUUAUAUGUGCAAGAAGCAUAUGGUUUUUACAUCGAAAAUCAUGCAGUCGUAUUAGUUUAUGUAAAUAACAUAUGUAUGUAAAUAUUUGUGUAAACUGUUUGUAGAUACCACUUUUUCUGUGCGUGCCUGUGUAUGUGCACACACUCACAGAAUAUUGUAGACAGUUCAAUAAAAUUGAAAUGAAAUUAGGUUGUAAAAAUUUGCCUUUCACCU